CGGUAUGUUGCAGCAAAGUGGGUUCCAAAGUUCCUCACAGUGGAGCAAAGGGAAGCGUGUCUUGCAGCAUCUAGGCAAUUUCUGGAUACGUUUUGGCAUCAUUUCCAAAUGCUCCCUGAACCAGUUCAUAAGUCUCUUGCAAAGUCUUGCCAUUUUGAACCAUGCACUGUAUCAGAUUUCUAUGCUUCCAUUUCAUCAAUUUGGUUGGUGUGGAAACAUCUGCCAUUUUGAAAAUUUUGGGAAAAAAUUGAAGAAUUUGAAGCAAAAUAGCCACCCAAAGACACUUACACCUGCUAAUUGCCACUUUACAAAGAGUUUAUUCAAGCAAGAAAACUAUUUGGAAAAACGUAAUUUCGGGUUGAACAUGGUACCCACCACUCUGGUUACCAUAGCAACCAUAUCUCAAGAACCAAUCAAAAUUGAGGUCCCAAAUUUUAUCGUAUAAUGUAUAAAUGUAUAACACAUAUGUGUACUAAGUUUCAUUGUAAAAGUCCUAUUUUCCUUGAAGUUAUGGCAUCAACUGCAAAACUUUUUGACCCACCUAAGUA